CGCCAACACGACGGUUGUGCACACAUCGAUCGCUACGACAACGCCAAUAAAUCAGCGUGUACUUUUUUCGCUGCACUGCAGAUAGCAGCGUUAAUUAUCGUUGGGUUAUUUUCUUAAUUUUCAAAACCGCACCACACUGGGGUGUUGAGGUGCGUUCAAGUCGGCGAGUUUGUUUAGUAGCGUGAGUGACUGGUAUUGCGUGAAGGCGUGUUUAGAGAAUAGAAAUUUGUGGUAUUUUAUAAAAAGUUGUUCGAUUGACUACAAUAAAUAGAAGUGUUCUUUGAUUUUAGCAAAAUGUUUAAAUUAACUGCCUCAUGCUUAAUUAUUGCGUUACUGUUGUUUUUGUACAGUGCAGCUUAUGUAGCGGCUGUUAGCUAUGGUCGUUGCGAGUCUCAAUUCAAUAGCAAAGGCAUCUGCGUGCAAUUGGCCGAUUGCCCAUUUAUUGUAGAUAUCCUUUCUGGAGAUCUAAAUGCAGAAGUUGAGGAAACAUUGCGGAAGAGUCAGUGUGGUUAUGAUAACACAUUCACGGAGAAUACACGCAGGAUUGUGGUAUGUUGCCCCGAGAAGCAUUUGCAAAAACCUCCGACAAAUACAAGAACCGGUACACAGCUAGGUAAUGUACUACCCACUGCUGGAGAAUGUGGAACCGCUCUUUCAGAAUUCAUCUAUGGUGGUAAUAAGACACGCAUCAUGGACUAUCCAUGGAUGGCGUUACUUCGAUACAGAAGGGGUGCCAAUGUGCUUGAAUUUCUCUGUGGUGGUAGUCUUAUCAAUUCUCGUUAUGUGCUCACAGCUGCACAUUGCCUAAACCAGAGCAAUCAGACGGAUGAGCGGUCACUACACAGCGUCCGUUUGGGUGAAUGGGACUUAAGGACCAAUCCUGAUUGCGAAGUGGAUAUACGUGGCAAGGAAUCAUGCGCUCCACCCUUCAUAGAAUUAGGUAUAGAGCGAGCCAUAUCACAUCCCAAAUAUGUGAGCAAUUCGAACGAACAAUUUUAUGACAUAGCUUUGUUGCGGCUGGAAGCGAGUGUAACUUACAGUGACUUCAUACGCCCGAUUUGUUUGCCGGUAGCUCAGGAAUUAUAUGACAAUAUGUUUGUGAAUUCUACCAUGGAAGUGGCUGGUUGGGGCGCCACCGACAAACCUAAAGCGCUCUCAUCGCCGGUGAAAAUGGCAAUUUCCGUGAGGAUCUGGGAGACGAAUACGUGCCACAAUACAUACAAAUCAUUGAACCGUUAUAUCGAUGGUACACACCAUUUGUGUGCGGGUGGCGUGAGUGGUAUCGAUGCAUGUCGCGGAGACUCCGGUGGACCGUUGAUGUUACCAGAGCUGUUGAAUAAUCGCAUUGUGUACUUUGUGACAGGCAUCAUUUCUUUUGGCCCUAAGCCAUGCGGUUUUGAUGGGUGGCCGGGUGUUUACGCACGUGUGGGCAACUACAUAGACUGGGUGAAAAGUGUGAUGGAACCAUGAAGAGGAUGCAAACGUUAGUCGAACACUUUAAAAAGUAGUAUAGAUAACUAAGAUGUACAAUUAAUAACAUAGUAGAUAAGUUUAUACGCAAUUUGUAAAUAUGAAUAGCUUAAUAAUUUUCAAUUAAAAGUCAAAUAUUGUGAUUGUUA